GCUGGGAGGAGGCCAACAAUGGAGGCAUCCUGGGGUGCUGUCUCUUUUCAAUCUGGUGUGGAGCACAGAGGACGCGAGGCUGUUUGGACACACUGAGUACUCACCGGCCUCCCCCUUUUGUCUGCCAGCCCAGCUUGACUCCUUGGGUUUGUGAAUAGCUUCAUCCACCUCAGGGAGGAGCUGGACGACUGGGCCAGGCUGUCUCUGCAGUGCCUCACAGGCCCAUGCCUCAGCUGGCGUCCUUCCCAGGGCCGGGAGGCCAGGGCCAUCGGAUGGGCCUCCUGUCCAUGCUCCUGGCUCUCUUUGGCAUUGCCUGGACAGAAGUGUGGCCACUCCAGCUCCCAGAGCAGGCUCCAGCGCCGGGAGCCCUGAGCAGAAAGGAGAGUUUCUUGCUACUGUCCCUGCACAACCGCCUGCGCAGCCGGGUACAGCCCCCAGCGGCCAACAUGCGAAGAAUGGACUGGAGUGAGAACCUGGCUCAGCUGGCUCAAGCCAGGGCAGCCCUCUGUGGCAUGCCAGCCCCAGCCCUGGCAUCUGCCCCACGGCGCACCCCACAAAUGGGCUGGAACAUGCAGCUGCUGCCCAUAAGCUCCGUGUCCUUCCCUGAGGUGAUCAACCUCUGGUUUGCAGAGGGGCAGUGGUACAGCCACGAGGCAGCCGAGUGUGCCCAAAAUGCCACCUGCACACACUACACUCAGCUCGUGUGGGCCACCUCAAGCCAGCUGGGCUGCGGGCGACAUCCGUGCUCUGUGGGCCAGGCAGCGAUGGAAGCCUUUGUCUGUGCCUACUCCCCUGGAGGCAACUGGGAGGUAAAUGGAAAGACAAUUGUCCCCUACAAGAAGGGCGCCUGGUGCUCACUCUGCACAGCCAGCGUCUCGGGCUGCUUCAAAGCCUGGGACCACACAGGGGGGCUCUGUGAAGUCCCCAGAAACCCAUGUCGCAUGAGCUGCCGGAACCAUGGCCAUCUCAACAUUAGCACCUGCCACUGCCACUGUCCUCCUGGCUAUACCGGCAGAUACUGCCAAGUGAGGUGCAGCGUGCAGUGCAUACACGGCCACUUCCGGGAAGAGGAGUGCUCCUGUGUCUGCGACGUGGGCUACAGCGGAGCCCAGUGUGCCACCAAGGUGCACUUUCCUUUCCAUACCUGUGACCUGAGGAUCGAUGGGGACUGUUUCACUGUGUCUUCGGAGGCAGACACCUAUUAUGGAGCCAAGAUUAAAUGCCAGGGAAAGGGUGGGGCGCUAGCCCAGAUUAAGAGCCAGAAAGUGCAGGACAUCUUGGCCUUCUACCUGGGCCGCCUGGAGACCACCAACGAGGUGACCGACAGUGACUUUGAGACCAGGAACUUCUGGAUUGGGCUCACCUACAAGAUGGCAAAGGACUCCUUCCGCUGGACCACAGGGGAGCACCAGUCUUUCACCAGUUUUGCCUUCGGUCAGCCUGACAACCACAGGUGCCAGGGAACUCAGGGUAUACCUGAUGCGGGCCCAGGGCUGAGUGAGGGAGAAGGCACAUCACAAGAGAGAGAGGGAACCUAAGAAGGUCACAUCCAUCUACCUAUCCCUAUCAUCCCCCCUGCUGUCCCUCUACCUGCCACCCACUAGCCCCUCCCUCGGCCAGCCUACCUGCCCUCUUCCUGCCUCAAGACACUGACUCCAGCACUCUGCAGCUGUCUGUCCCUGCAUCCUUCAUGCAUACAAUCAUCCAUCUGCUGUCCUAUACCAAGGAAUUUCCAGUUAUGUGGCUUUGUCCUGAUUUGUGAAGCCCAAGAAUGCCCAGGGCACAGGUGGUAAGGGAGGAGGAGAGGCUGCAUGGUCACCAGGGGCUCCAAAUAUCUCCCCAGCCCUCCUCGCUGGCAGCCAGGCCUGAUCAGGCUCCUGGCAUCUCUUCUGCUGAGACAGAAGGAGGUGACCCUCUUUGUCCCAGGCCCUCCCCACUGGCUUGUGUGGCUGAGCACUGCCAUGGUGAGGGAUUUGGUGAUACUGCCUGGCUUCCCUGAGAACAGCUGCAGUGCCCCAGAAGCAGCUUGGGGGUGGAGCCGGUAGAUGCAGAUGGCCCAACAGGCUAGUCACCUAGACACACCUGGACUCCUAAUUUUGUCCCACCACCCGGUGCACCCCUACCCUGGACCCCAGGUUUGGCAACUGUGUAGAGCUGCAGGCAUCAUCUGCCUUCAACUGGAAUGACCAACGCUGUAAAACUCGAAACCGUUACAUCUGCC